GCAGUGCGGAAGUGGACCAUUUUCAGCCGAAAAACAAAACAUUCGUGGGUGGUGUUGAGUUAUUCAAUCUGGGCUGACGUUACUCUGGACUGCUGGAGUGGUUGCGUACACUGUACCGUAUAACUCGACAGUUAUACCCGGGGUUUGCCAAGAUGCUGAGCGCCGCCGCAGCGGAGAGGAACAAGGAGCCCAUCCUGGCGGUGCUCCGGGAGAGCGUGAACACCGGGAGACCCUUACAGGCUCUAGAGAUCUCCUCCGGUACCGGGCAGCAUAUCACACACUUCGCUCAGGCCCUGCGGAAUAUAAUCUGGCAGCCGUCAGAGUAUGACCGCCAGUCUCUUGCCAGUAUAGAAGCGUACAGAGCCCACUACCAGCUGCACAAUGUGAAGCCCGCCAUCCACCUGGAUGCAUCUCUCCCCUAUCAAUACUGGGGAGGGAUCCAGCCAGAGAGCCUCGAUCUGAUAGUCAACAUCAACAUGAUCCACAUUUCACCGAUUGCUUGCACAGAGGGUUUAUUCAAAGGGGCUGGAGCAGUGCUGAAGCCGCAAGGUCUUCUACUGACAUAUGGGCCCUAUGCAGUGAAUGGUCAGAUCACCCCUCAAAGUAACGUUGACUUUGAUUACAGCCUGCGCCAGAGAAACCCAGAGUGGGGACUUAGGGAUAUCGCCCUUCUCAAUUCUACAGCACAAAGAAAUGGUUUAUUCUUGGAGAAAAUAAUGGACAUGCCGGCAAACAACAAGUGUCUUCUGUUCAGGAAAGAGAGUUUGGUGUGAAGUAUCCUGUCGUUCCUUUUCUGGAUGGUCAAAAAGCCUUAACUUACACUUGAAGCUAGGAUUCAGUGCCAAAUUUUCCAGAGCUGUUAAAGACUUGUUUCCUCAUAUUCUAAUACACUUUGACUUUAGAUGAAAUUGUUUGAUCAGAAGUGAAACACUGUCAUCUGUUAUUAUCUAUAUUAUUCUGUAUUGCACACUUGAGUGAAAUGAAUAAGGCUCACAUA